CUUAAACUAUCUUAUGAACCAGAAGCAGUGUCUAUUUGGUGUCAAACAAUUUCUACAGAUGUACAGGAGACAUGGUCUAAAGCAGGUAGACAAAACAUGGUGAUCGAUCUCGGAGGAGGUACUGCAGAUAUAUCUGUGCAUGAGAAACAAAUCGAUGACACAUUAAAGGAACUCCACAAAGCAAGCGGUGGUCCGUGGGGAGGAACGGUUGUUGACGACAACUAUCUAGAAUUCCUGACCAAGAUAUUCGGGAAAGACACUGUUCAAAGAUUUAAAGAAGAGCAAAUGGAAGACUACUUUCAAAUGCUUAGGGAAUUCGAAAUAAAAAAGAGAGGCAUCAGACCUGAAUCAAAGGGGAUAAUUACAUUCAGACUGCCUGCAUCAAUAAAAGAGCUUUAUCAAGAGAGUAACAGUCUUCCGUUAAAGGAGAAAAUUGACCAGCUGUGGUUGUCGGGUAUGGUUACAUUAACCAGCGACAAAUUGAGAGUUGAAGAUUCUGUCAUUACACAGUGGUUUGAGUCUCCGAUUCAAAGCGUGAUUGAGCACGUGCAACAGAUUCUUGCAAAACCAAAUAUGCAAAAAGUCGGAACGAUUCUUUUAGUUGGAGGGUUGGCGAGUGUGAAUUAGCCCAAAACCUCUUACAGAAAGGAAUAAAGAACAAAAGAAUAAUUUUCCUGACAGAAGCAGGUCUUGUUGUGCUUAAAGGUGCAGUACGGUUUGGACAUUUUCAGGAUACUGUUCGUUCAAGAAUAAUGACCCACACAAACGGAAUGUCUGUCGUUGAAGAUUUUGACGAGCAAAGACAUAAAAACGCAAACGUAAUAUUAAUAGAUGGUAAGAAAAAAGCUGAUAAUGUAUUUAGGAUUAUGAUGCGAGCUGAAGAGGAGGUAAAACAUGGGGAUAUUAUUUCUCAAGGUUCAUUUACACCAACUGACCCUGACGAAACGACAGUAAGUGUUUAUUGUACAGAAGAAAUUGAUCCUAAAUAAACAACAGACAUGGGCUGCACACACAUGGGGUCGCUAAAAAUAGCGCAUUCAAAUGGAAGAUCGAAAGAGGACAAUCAACUAAAAGCAUCGUUCAUAUUUGGUGAUACCGAACUUCUCGUGAAAGCUAUUAAUAUCAGAACGAAGGAAGAAUUUUCAACGUAUAUUGAAUGUCUAUAAAAAAUCAUAAAUACAUAAAUACAUAAAACAGUUUUCCAUUCUUCAAAUGAAUAAUUCUUUAGCAUGCAAUAUUUGCAAACGUUAAUGUGAGAGCAAUUAUUUUCUCAAUUUAAAGUAUAAAUAGAAGUGAAUAAUUAGUCUUUAGACAAAACAGUUAUGAUAAUACAUGUUCUCGAAUAUUUUCUCAUGUGUUAUUUGUGUGAUAUUCAAUAAUGAACGGUUAAUGCAGUUAAUGUUCAGCCUUAAAAGAUAACUGCAGAGUGUGACUAUUUUCAAUGAACUUUUGAGGCGUGAUACGUAUAAUACAUUGAAAGUAAGAUGGAUCAAAGACCUCAUUGAAAAUAAGUGAUGUAAGUACAAGUUGAUUUUAAAAUAUUGGAAUAUAUUAGCAGAAAAUGACACAAAUAUAAAAAGACGCGUAAAGGAAAAAAGGAAAAGGGGAUAACUCGGCAACUUACAAAUAAAGACAAAAAUAUAAUGAAAUCAAUGGAAAGUGUACUGCUACAGAAAUAGAGACAACUAGAAACACAUGUUUCCUUCUUUAAAAAGAAGCAUGCGAGAGGUCAUUUUGCAGCAACUUACGGCUCCGGUUAAGCUCUAUAAGCUCUUAAAAGAAGUAAUGUUUAAAAAAGCAGCACAAUUUCGGUAAACGGUUCACUUGGUCAUGAAAUAGUGCUUGGUUUAUCAUAGCUAUUAGUGAAUACGGUUACGAUUUUUGCGAAACAUGAAAUGGUAGAACGAUAUUCAGAAAUCCAAUCCUUAUGUUUAUAGUAUCCCUUUGGUAAUCAGUUUUAAUUAUAUAUCAAAUGUUUCAAUACUUUCCUAUAGUUUCUUUCUGAAUCAAAAUGUGUUCUGAUCUGAUGAAAAAAUAACAUUAUUUUACAACUAUCUUGAGAUUGUUGAGCAUUUUGCCAUAUAUUAAACUUCCAUCCUUUAACAUCCCAUUGUAAGCGUUUUUGUAACAUGUCGGACAAAUGGACACACAAGAGGUAAUGAGUGCAAAAUUAGAAAGGGUGAGUUUACGGUUCUUCUGCACUACACUUCUACUCAUUCAGAUAUAUCUACCUACAACGUUUCAAGUUGAUACCCUUUAGGUUUCUUAUGUAUUGUCCCGGAUAUAUCUGAAAGUGGAAAAAAUUAAAAAGGGCAAUAACUCAAAUAUUAGGGAAGAGAGGGUUAUGGUUCUUAUUCACUGCACUUCUACUCAGUGCUAUACUUGUUUAUCUACCUGCAAAGUUUCUUGUUAAUAUCUCUUGUAAUUUCAAAGUUAUGUCCAGGAGAAGGUUCAAAGUGUAAAAAUGAACAAAGGGAAAUAACUCCAAAAUUAGGCAAAGCAGAGUUACGGUACUUCUAUUCAAUGAGAUUUAAUACCUACAAAGUUUCUAAUAAACAGUCCUUGUGGUUAUAGAGGUAUGUCCAGGACAAAGUUCAAGUGUAAAAAUAAACAAAGGGCAAUAAAUCAAAAAUAAGGUAAGGCAGAGUUAUGCUUUUUACACUGCACUUCUACUAAAUGAUAUCUAUCUACCCUCAAAGUGUUAAGUUGAUACCUUUUAUAGUUCUCAAUUUAUGUCCCGGAUAAUGUUCAAAGUUUAAAAAACAAGGGGCAAUAACUCAAAAAUUGGGCAAGGCAGAGUUAUGGUUCUUUUGCUUUGCACUUUUAUUUAAUGAGAUCUACUUACCUACAAAAUUUGAAGUUGAUAUCUCUUGAACACUCUGCGUUAUGCCCCAGGCGAGACGGGGUUACAGUUAUUUUGCACUGCACUUUUA